CUCAACCUUGUCGACUACCACCACCAAGCACGCAGUAUUCCUGCCCUUCAAGACGCGCUUUUAGCACGCACAAGGAACAGCAUACGACAUUUACCAAGUAACAACGACCUUCUGGAGUAUCUUGGAGAUCGAUGCGUCAAUCUCGUCAUAGCGUUAUUUAUCGACAAUGUUCGUUUGAACAGGAACCACCACAUGGUCGUGCGGCGUGUUCUAUGCAAUAAUGAUACGUUUGGCCGUCUCGCUUUCUACCUUCGUCUCGACCAGCAUGCCAAGCUUAACUCUCAAGACGCGCGCGAAUUAGACAAAUGGAAUCCGCAGUCAAGCCAUCGUCCACCUAAAGCUCUGGCCGAUCUUUUUGAAUCAUAUGCUGGUGCCGUUUACACUCAAUAUGGAUGGAAGAGACUCGAACAAUGGCUACGCCCACUCUUCGACCCCAUCAUCAAGGCCGCGACCAAAGACUUUUGGGAUAAAGACUUGUUCCAUGACGCGCGCGGCAGACGCAUGAAAUCUGGACGAAAACCCGAACCAUCCGUACAAAGUAAGUUUCUAGAUUAUCUAGAGUACAAACAAGACUUCCUGCUCGACAAGAUCAAUCAAGCUGUGGAGAUGCUACCAGCCUCGACCCAGUUCACCUUUGCCGCCGACGGUUUGUUGGAAGAACCGCAUUGCGACGACAUUGAGAUCGCAAUACAACUUCUCGAUAUGUGUAUCUGCAAGGUUUUUAUUACGACUUGGCCAGAAUAUCACUGCGCUACCUCAAGGGCAUCUCAUCUCACGUCUGUGAGGAUUAAACAUCCAUUCUCCUCAAAUUUCUAUCACUCAUCGUUGUGA